UGCUUGAUGAGAACGAGCAUAUUCUCAGCAUGAGGAUCGUUGGUGGAGAUCACAGACUCAAGAACUAUUCAUCAGUUAUCUCUCUUCACCCUGAGACCAUUGAAGGAGGAAGAAUAGGGACGCUUGUGAUCGAGUCCUUUGUGGUAGAUGUACCAGAAGGGAACACAAACGAUGAGACUUGUUACUUUGUGGAGGCUUUGAUCAAAUGCAAUCUUAAAUCUUUAGCUGAUAUCUCCCAACGCCUUGCGGUUCAAGACACAACAGCUUCCACAUGAACAGAGUCUAAGAGAAGAGAGAGAGAUUGAAGAAACUUAAUGAAAUGUGGAGUCAAGAGAGAAAGAUUCGGUGCGGUGGAUGAAGCUUUCAAAGGGAAAAAGAGAGUGUCUCUUUGAGGAUGGACAAGGCAAAUAAUAAUCGCCAUUUUACCGUUUACAUAAUAAUAAGUUUCUUUAUUUAACACUUUUUUUUGUUUGUCAAUUUGAUGAAUAUUUUUGGUUUCUUUCUUCUCUGAAGAUCCAAAAUAUGAUUUUGGAGAUUUGGCUUUUGCCACCACUUGCAGGAAUCUUUACAAUUUGCAGAGAGACAUGUUAAAAGAUGUGAUCAUGGGGUUCCACUCUUCUUCCCUUUUUUUUGUAACACUUAAAAGUUGGUUGCACCCAUAAUGGCCACAGUUCCUUCUUAAUUUUAUUUUUUCUACCUUU